UAAAAGCUAGUUUUGAGAUCAUAAAGGACUGUUGCGAAAUCUUGAUCUUAAACAGCUGAACAAAUCUGAAAAGCAGAUGCCCCAUAUCUAAGAAAUGAGAGAGCAUGAUCUCCUUAGAUAAUACCACCACUUCCAAAGAUGGCAAGAUCUGGGAUAGCUUUGGCCACUUCUGAUGUUUUUCUCAGGGCUAUAGGUCUCAACAUUGAUCCGCAUCCUCCACCAUAAGUGACAUUGUUUUCUUCACCAACAGCUGGCCAAGGGGUACCAAGAGGAUCUGGAUCCAUUAAAGUUGGGAAGGUGUUAGUCAAUGUAACUGCUUUUGCGCCUCCUUCUUUGGCAGCCUAGGCAAUAACAGCAGAAUCUGGAUAGUUGGGAGUAAUUUUAACAAUAACUGGAAUAUCAAUUUCAGAGGUAACCCACUGACAUAUAUCUUUAACUAUUUAUGGGUUUUCUCCACAAGCUCUACCCAUUCCUAAUUCA